AGGCUGACGUGGUCUCGAAGACUAUAUAAGCCAGUGAAUUUAAUCGAGGCAUCAGUCCUCUUCCUGGGGCCAUCGCGCCUACACCAUCAUCUCCUGAAGAUACCCGCCGAUACGAUGUCACUAUCCAUCAGGAUAAAACGAGAAUCAGCAACAGGACGCGCGAUGGCCUCGGGGAAACGACUCUUCGUGCCAUCCUCAUAUGGGUACGAUUUGAUGUACAUCAGAUCACCAUCAAACCUCAUCAUAGCAGAUGGCGAUGAGGCAGGCGGCCGAGAUCGUAAAUCCCGUUCAUUACCUGAAUGUCUGCACUCGUGUCGGACCGGAGUGUACCCGGGCAAUGUGCCUGAGUGGGCCUAGAAGGUCAGGUGACCGGAACGAAUUUGACGGAUCGUGUGAACGAGGCUUGAUAGAAUUCUGCGCGCGGAUGGGACCAGUCUUCUAAACUGCAAAGUCGGCCUCAAGCAAUCACAGGUGUAUUCCAGACCAUGAAUCAAUGAUUCGAUCAAAUCGUUCCGAGACUUGGCGGUGGCUCACGCAGAGGUUCGAGGGAAAUCUCCUCUAGUGAACGGCGUAUUCGGUCACUGGAGUGAGCGAGUACCUCAACACCUUUGAACUUGUGCACUCACCCACCUAUAUACUUGACAACCUAAGCAUUUAUAAACUUGAUACGCUAAACAACUAUAAACCUGAUACCAUAACAACUAAAAUUAGCGUUGGUGAUAAGAUUCGGCAUAGUUAAGCUCUGUAAGUUAAACUCAGCAUAGCAAUGUACAGCCCAAAGAAAGUUAGGGUAUCGUCAGUCGUUCCUACAAUAAUUGUACGACGCCUUUAUGGCCUCCUUGAUUUUCAUAGUCUUUUCUAACCUUCAGAAAGGCUGGGAUAUUUCUAGAUUUCUACUGUUCCGUGUCAGCAUCAGAGCUCGCCAGUUGUGACGCUAUUUUUUCUUUUUGAAUUGUAGGCUUAUAUAACAGAUGAUACGAGUAUAAAUUAACAGCAUGAAGAAUUUGAUGCAAACAGAUUUGUAACAUAGCCUCCAAAUAGAGCGCUGACACGGAAGAUACGGCCCUUAGUCCUCCCAAAUAUAUAUUUGAGUCUCUGAAAAGCUGAGCGGAGUUAUACGAUGCAAAGCGCUAUGCCGAUCCAAGUCACCUUCUCUUCUUCUGCGGUGGGUUUUGGCCUUUCACGGUCAGAAGUCGCGGGAUUUACCAUUUCGACUAGGCCUGCUGAACGAGAAUAAGAAAGGGAUAGCAUAUCAUCCCAUCCUAACCGCCAGAUCAUGGAGCGAUCGUAGAGUACUACCGAUACCAUGGGUCGGCGACCCGACAAAGUCGUUCCGGAACUGGACGUGGUCUGCGCAGAGGAUGGGGGGAAGCUCCCCCGGUGGACGACAUGGUCGGUCAUCGAGGCGAGCAAGUACCCCCAACCAAUGCAAAGUCACGUCUAAUGCACAAAGCUCAAAACAUUCGAAAAAAACGCAACAGAAUCAAAACAUUAAAAGUAAAAAAUCCACAGUUAAGGAAAAAUUGGAGGGGGCUUCACCGCCCCUUCCUUUUUUUCUGUGGUGGGUUUCGGCCUGACACGGUCAGAAUUCCCGGGAUUUUCAAUUUUGACAAGCUCCUGCAACCAAGGAUCAAAGAUCUGCAAGAGGAAAAUCAGUGGGGGCGGUAACCGCCUCCACCUUUGCUUCUGAGGUAGGUUUUGGCCUUUCACGGAAGAAUUCUCGUGAUUUUCCAUUUCGACGAGGACCUGCAAGACGCACAAACUGACCAUCAGUAUACUCACCAAACUGACACCUCCGCUAACCAGAUGUGGACGGCAGAAUGGCAACGAAAGAUAUUAAUUAAGCAUUCACUAUUAAUUACAACUCUUGAUUUCAACUUUUUUUUUCCAUACAUUUCGACUCAAUUCAGUUUAUGCAGAAUUUGUAGAUUUUCAGUUUUUAAUAAAUGUCAGAUUGCUCUUUUUUUUCAGAACAAUUUAAUUUUCUCAAAAUUAUUCUUUUAAUUUUUAUGACUUUGUAAUUUUUUGUAAUAAACAGUAUUGAAAAAC